ACCACAUGUGCUGCUGUCGUCAUCACUCUGGAACAGGAACUGUACACAGGCACUAAAUCAUACUUCAUAUAGUGUCUGAGUUUGUUUUCACGUCUUUUAAAAUCGCGGACUGAAGCAACUAUGACACAUUUAAAAGUGUUCCUUCUGCUUCUGGCUUUGUGGGCCAGCUCGUUCGCCGACGACACGAACGAUCAGCCCCAGCUCGAGACCACUAAAUCACUCACAACCAAGAACAUUUCCAGCAUCAGUCCUGACGAGGCUAAUAAUAAUACCAGCAGCACUAAAAGGAAAUCCCCCGACGAGAGGUUCAGUUUGGACGGCGCGAUGAUUAACAGAGCUCUGUAUGUUCUGAUCGGAAUCACGGCCAUCGGAGUCCUUUAUUUCUUAGUGAGAGCUGUCCGUCUGAAGAAAACAAGUGUUCAAAGGAAGAAAUAUGGGCUCCUUUCAAACUAUGAUGACACAAUGGAGAUGGCACACCUGGAAAGCGAUGAGGAAGACACCACAGUUUAUGAGGCCAAAUCCUUGAAAAGAUGAACCUCUGGUGGUGUUUGACACUUCCAGAAAGAAAGAAUGUUAUGAAGACAAUCCCAUGAUUUCCACUAAAACAGUUGUCAAAUAAUUUUGUUGUCAUUUUCAACAACUGUGGGAGGACCUAGGAUGCUUUUUUCCCAAGAAUAAAGCAGAAUGUGUAGGUUUAUACUAGACCAGUAUUUUUUGGACUAGUAUGACCAAAAAUGUUUUGGUGUCGGAGGGAAAUUAUUGAAGGAUCAAAACUGUGUUUUGUGCCAAAGUAAAUUGAUGGUAAUAAUUAAUAUUGUAAACAACUGCCCAUCAUUUCCAAUACAAACACUGAAGGGCUGAAAGUUGUUUUUAUGAAUUUAUGAGACUUUAAUAUAAUUUGGACUUUGACUAUUUUUAGAUGUACCAUCAAAUUAUGUUUGAUGUGAUUUUUUUUUUUUUUUUUUUUUUUAAUGUUUUGUUUCAGAUACAUUUAUAUAUUCUGUUAAAGGGAUAGUUCACCCAAAAAUGAAACUCCUCCCAUCCUCAUGCCAUCCCAGAUUUGUAUGACUUUCUUCUACUGAACACAAAUUAAGAUUUUUAGAAGAAUAUCUCAGCUCUGUUGAUCCAUACAAUGCAAGUGAAUGGUGACCAGACCUUUGAAGCUCCAAAAAGUACAUAAAGGCAGCAUCAAAAUAAUCCAUAAGACUUCAGUGGUUAAAAUAGUGUCUUCUAAAGUGAUCCAAUCAAAAUAUUGAUAUGUUUCUCACCCACACUGAUCAUAUCGCGUCUGAAGACUUUGAGUUAACCAAUAGAGUCUUAUGGAUUACUUUUAUGCUGCUUUUGUGUAAUUUUUGGCACUAAUGAAGUCUGGUCACCAUUCACUUGCAAUUUAUGUACCUACAGAGCUGAGAUAUUCUUCUAAUAAUCGUUGUUUUUGUUCUGCAGAAAAAAAGCAAUAUGCAUCUGGGAUGGCAUGAGGGUGUGUAAAUGAUGAUUUUUUUUUUGGGUGAAACAUCCCUUUAAAUCUAUCUUUCUUUCUUAUGCUACUGCAUAACCUGUACUGGGUAUUGAUUUAAUAUAUGAAUUCUGUUCAUUGUCUUAUGUUCAGAUAUGGAUUCUGGAAAUAUAAUUAAAUGUGUAUAAAAUAUUUGCCAAAUACCAGCUUCUAUAAUAGAUGCACUUUUAUUUUUUAUGGUUAAGUCACUUAAAUCCAGGGUUUUGCUGAAGCUAAAUUGCAUCAGCCUGUCGUGUUUUGACAGUCAUACUGACACUCCUCACACAAACUCUAUCCUUCCAUUUUGAAGUUUGUUUGACAAAUAAUAGAGGAGUUAUAUUUUUAGAUACUAAACAUUCCUAGCCUGUUUAUUUAGGUUCCAAGCAUAGUCAUCCAUGCUCAUCUCUGUAUUCAAAAGUAAUUUGGCUUGUUAACUUAGUUUUCAUUAGACUCAUCACAUAUGAGACAGGUUGUGUAUUACCUGUAUGGGACUCACAGAAAUGAAGCAAGUGAGGAUGAACUAAAAGACUGCUCUUUUUCAAGCCUUUGUUUUCUACAUGGGUGUGAUUUUUGAGCUAGUGUUGGAAGAAAAGCUUUAUAACACAUAAUGUGAUCUUUGAAUGAAUCUUUUCUUGCAUUGUUUAAAAGUGGCUAGCUUUUGAAUGUGCUGUCAAAGCAGCAAGCCAUCUGAGAGUAAAUGGAUCAACCACAGCAUUCUCACUUUCCAGCUUAAUGUAAGUGGUGUUAUUGUUUAAUGAAGCACAUUGAUCAUAUGGGUUUCUUAGACCUUUAGAUAAGAUGUGGAGAGUUUAUGCAUUUAUUGAAAUAUUGAUUACUGUCAGUUUGUUAUGCAUGAAGAGUCACUGUAUUAAUACAGUAUUUAAUGUACAUAAUUUGAAUGAUUCCUAAAGUGUGCCUUUCUAUUGAUAUUUGUCCCCUUUUUGUAAUUGCAUUUGACUGGACAUAAUUUUGGGCUCUUUUUGUAAUUAAAUUAUAUUCUCUAUUUUC